AUGGCCUUUAAGUUGUGGGAACGCUUCUCGCAGGCGGAUAAUGUGUUCCAGGCCCUGCGACCCCUGACGUUCAUCUCGCUUCUGGGUCUGGCUCCCUUUCGAUUGAAUCUUAAUCCUCGAAAGGAAGUGCAAACAUCAAAGUUCUCCUUCAUAGCUGGCAUAGUGCACUUCCUGUUCUUCGUUUUGUGUUUCGGUAUCUCUGUGAAGGAGGGAGAUUCCAUAAUUGGCUACUUCUUCCAAACGAAUAUUACCAAAAUCAGCGAUGGAACCUUACGGUUAACAGGCAUCUUGGCCAUGUUGACAAUAUUUGGCUUUGCCAUGUUCAAAAGACAGAGAUUGGUCAGCAUUCUCCAGAAUAACAUUGUGGUGGAUGAGAUAUUCGUGAGGCUGGGCAUGAAGUUGGACUACCGUAGGAUCCUGCUGUCCAGCCUUCUCAUAUCCUUGGGCAUGCUGCUGUUCAACGUCAUCUACUUGUGUGUCAGCUAUAGCCUGCUGGUCAGUGCCACCAUCUCGCCCUCCUUUGUGACCUUCACCGCGUUUGCCCUGCCGCACAUCAAUAUCAGUCUGAUGGUCUUCAAGUUUCUAUGCACCACGGACUUGGCCAGGAGUCGGUUUAGUAUGUUGAACGAAAUCCUUCAGGACAUCCUAGAUGCCCACAUAGAGCAAAGCAGUGCCUUGGAACUCUCCCCCAUGCAUUCGGUCGUCAAUCACAGACGCUACACCCAUCGCCUGCGAAAUCUAAUCAGCACUCCGAUGAAGCGGUACAGUGUUACCUCCGUCAUACGUCUCAACCCAGAAUACGCCAUCAAACAGGUGUCAAAUAUCCACAAUCUCCUCUGCGAUAUUUGCCAGACCAUCGAGGAGUACUUUACCUAUCCUUUGCUGGGAAUCAUAGCCAUAUCCUUCCUUUUCAUUCUCUUUGAUGACUUUUACAUUUUAGAGGCUAUUUUGAAUCCCAAGAGAUUGGAUGUUUUCGAGGCCGAUGAGUUCUUUGCCUUCUUCCUCAUGCAGCUUAUAUGGUAUAUAGUGAUUAUCGUACUCAUUGUGGAGGGAAGCAGUAGAACCAUUUUGCACAGCAGCUAUACGGCGGGCAUAGUCCACAAGAUCUUGAAUAUCACCGAUGAUCCGGAGCUUAGAGAUCGGCUGUUCCGACUCUCCUUGCAGCUGUCGCAUAGAAAGGUUUUAUUUACUGCCGCAGGAUUAUUUCGUCUAGAUCGCACUUUGAUUUUUACUAUCUCAGGCGCUGCUACUUGCUACCUCAUUAUCCUAAUCCAGUUUCGAUUCACUCAUCAUCAUAUUAUGGAUGACACUGGUUCCAAUUCAACAAAUCAGUCUCAUGCUUUCCAUCUGGGAGAUUAA